UUAUUGUAGAUUCACUCUGAUGCUGACCUGAUCCACCCGCACUCCACCUUCUUUUACGUGUCCACGUCCUUGCAUACCGCAUAUACUCAUCUACACAUUAAUGUCGGAAAUAUUAGUAGAGCAGGUCGACGAUCCGCCCAUGCCGCCGAAAAAAGGCAAAGGCGACGACGACUCGAAGAAGCCUAUCGAUCCAAAGAACCUGCCCAAGGGCUACGUCCUCGACAAGGACGGCAAGCCCUGUCGAACAUGCAACUCCCUUCUUGACUUCCGCAAGGCAAAGGGACUCACCGGCGCCGCCGCCCUCAUGAAACCAGUGCCGAAAGACUGUCCGCCGGACGUCAACGAAAUCGGCCGGUCGACAUGGACAUUCCUGCACUCGGUAGCCGCGACCUAUCCCGAGACCGCCUCGGCCGAGCAGCAAAAGGAUAUGAAGUCCUUUAUCCGCAUAUUUGGAAACAUCUACCCGUGCUGGUUCUGCGCAAGCGAUUUCCGCGAAUACGUGGCAAAGCCAGCGAACGAGCCGAAGGUUGCUACGCAGGAGGAGUUUGGCCGAUGGCUUUGCGAUGCGCAUAAUGAUGUCAACAAGAAGCUGGGUAAGCCGGUCUUUGACUGUAACCUCUGGAAGGAGCGGUGGAGAGAUGGGUGGAAGGACGGGCGAUGCGAUUAGACUGCAUUUGCUGCAUUAUUGUAUAUAUGAACUACAUCUCCAUUCAACAGGCAUACUUAUUAUGAUAGACUACAGAACUACAUGUGCAGUUUGCCAACCAACAGAUGAUGUAUCUGCUGGCCAGAUAUGUAUAGUCAGCCUGCUGUGUCAGAAGUCAGCAUAGCAGAAUACUCUUUUAACAGAUAUAUCAAGC